AUGAAUUUCAAUACUUUUAACGUCAGUGUUCCCAGAUGCUUCUGGAUCACCGACUGUAACAAAUGCAACAAAAUUUUUGAUGACGGAGUAAAACUGGGAGACCAUAUAGAGAUCUAUUAUCAAGAACAAUAUCAAAGAGAUUGCUCUUGGAAAGGCUGUGAGAAAAUUUUCAAGACAAAGCUUGAGCUGAAAGUUCAUAUAUGUUCGGCUCAUGUCAAUGAGAUGCCAUUUGACUGCGAAAUUUGCAAGUGUCGUUUCGAGUCACCUGAUGAUCUCAAAGUGCAUUUGAUAACUCACGAAGGGGAAAUUUUCAAGUGCACUGUACCGGGAUGUAAAAAAAAGUGCAAAACGUUAUUGGAGAGUCGGCAACAUAUGCCUGUUCACCAAGUUGAAGAUGAUUUCGUUUGCGUGAUGAGUGAAAUACGUUUCAACAUUCAGCAAUUUUGCCAGUUUUGCUCCAUUGGUACCAGAGCCCUUCAAAUGAUAUCAUAA